AGCCCCAAAACGUUGCAUUUCUGUAAACACGCAAGGGGACCUCCCUGCUUGAACUUGCCGUGAGUGCCAGUGUACUUUUGUAUUUGACUACUUGGGAGGGUGCCGACCCCUCCAACACCGUGCACCAGGCAUAUAUCUUUGAAGGCCAGGGUGUGCAAGCAGGCCAUAUUGUCCAACCCUUUUAUAGUAACCAUGUUCCCCAUUGGAGGUGCGGGCUAAUAGAAGAGUGUGAGCUCUGUUCCAUCUGAACUGGGUUGGAGCUCCUGGUUCUUACAGCCAUGUGAAUAAUGAGUGAAGCCUGGUGAUGUGUGGUGUAUUAUCCUGCCAUUGUUUACACAGCAUAAUAAAUAUGACCCUUAGAUUGAGGAGUAAAGCAAUUUUGCCAGAUUAACUCCCAUGUUUAUACAUCUGAUAUGAUUAACCCAAGCAAAAUGGCAUAAAUAACUCCAAUAAAUGUACACCAACUUUAACUUGGAGUAAGUUGUACACCAGAUUUAUAUGGAGAAAUAUGGUUACCCAGGUUUGCUAAAGUGGGGCUCUACAAUUUAGUUUAUGCUAUUAUGUGAAUUAUUCCAAAAAGCAGGGUCAGACUGGGCUCAGACCCCCUCUCCCGAUCUGCAGACCCUACAAAAAAAACAAAACAAUUUGCAGCACCGCGCAGUAGGGGGGGUCUGGAGGGGCACCUGGACACCAGUCCCGAUGGGCCCCGGGCCCCUUAAUCCGACCCUGCCACCAUGAAAUACAUCUCAGUCUAGAAUUGUGACUUUACUUAAAAGAAGAAGGGCGUAGAGGCCUACAAACCCAAACUGUCAGCUGAGCUUGGUAUAGAAAACAAUCAAUUUUAUUUAGCAGCUAUAAGUGUUUUUGUGAGGUCUUCUUUGAUGGUAGACCAAUCUUAAAGAGGCCAAAAUAGGAAAACCAAAAUGCCUUAAAUGCAACUAGUGUUUCUCAACAGGCAGCAACCCCCAUAUAUGUUGCAAAAAGUUCCAAAUAUGAAAAAAAUGUUACCCGGAGAGCAACAAUGUAUUUUGACGUGCCUAAAGCGCAAAUCUGGGAGUGGGCACCAGGUACCUUCACUGCCUCAUCUUGGCACUCUGGCUGGCGAGUGUGGCAUUUGUGUGCGUCCUAUUUGGCGCUGCUACCGGCCUUGUUGCUCAGGGCCAGCUUGUUGCCCAGCCUGGUCCGGCACUGGUGUUUUUAUUGUAGGAAUGUCACACACUAAACAUUUAGGCUUAAAAGCCUUCCUCAUGUGCAUAAAUAAGUGACAAAAGCAAACCAACAUUUAAACCUUUAACCCCACCAAACAUUUUACCAGCUCCAUGAUGUAUCCAGGUACAAUAGCUUUAAUGAGACAAAAGAAGUACUGCCAUCUAGUGUCCUGCUCCCUAACAGCACCUUCAAAUAACAGGUAGACCCCAUACUAUGUAUCUCCCUUACCCCCAAUUUCUUUAUCAUGCCUUCAUGUUUCCACAAGUCCUAUACCUUUUACAUUGUUUUCCAAAGUUGGCUUUCACUACCCCAAUUCAUAUCCAAUGAUUUCCUCUCCCCUACUCCCCUUAGUUACUGUGAUAUCCCCACCCAUCCCUCAUCUCUUUCAUUAUUUGCUGCCUGCACUCUCAGCCGUCGGAAUGGUUUCAUAGUGUAUGUGCAGGACAGCUAGGGGUGACAGGAAGAGUAAGGAGAGUAAAAGAAGGGUUAAUGUCAGUGGGAGGCCGGGUGGGUUAGGGUGAAUCACAGAGAGCAGUGUGGUGAGUCAGGGACACGGGACUGGCUUGGGGGUAGGUAGAGGUGCAGGGUCGUUGCCUAGGUUACAGCGUUGAGAUGCGCCCCGGUACAUGGCUAAACCGGCUGCUCGGGGGCAGGAUCAAUUUGACUCAAAUAUUGGGCUCUUAAUUUAAAAGAGAAGAGGGUUGCAAUAUUCUUUGUUGUGACAGCUGUUCCGGGUAGCAGACGACACCCCUCUAGGCACACACACACACUGACGCUUAUUUAGAGCACUGAGGGCUUAUGUUGUGCUGCUGAUGUCAUGCGGAGGCUUCUCUGCUCACCCCCAUACGUGAGAUCAUUAGCUGGGCGCUCCCUUGGAAGAUGAUCCCACUCACUGCCGGUCCCCGAGGCACAGACUGGUGACAUCAGCUGAGCACAAAGAGGAAGCGGAGAGCAGCAUCCGAGCUAGGGGAGGAGAUCCAAGUCUUCCCCAAUGUGAUACUGUUGCUGCCUCCUCCUGCAUCUUAAUCUGUGCUCAUCUCACUGGCACCCCCUGCUCCCUCGCACCUUCCCUCUCCCUUCAUGCAUCUCCCGGGGUGCAGGGGACGAGGGCAGCCCACAGUAUGUACUGGGGUGUUGGUCUAGUCUCGUCCAGACCUUGUGUAGUGGAUCUGAGCCGGAAUCAGACGUUGUCUCUGUGCUGGUGCUGGGGGUCGGAGGAGCAUUGCUCUGUUUAUGGGGACAUCGUCGCUUUCCCUUUGCAGGAUUACGGCGGCGUUAUGUCCGGGCUGGGAUCUGAUUCCUGGUGGAAGAAAACCCUCUAUCUAACUGGGGGCGCCCUGCUGGCUGCUGCUGCAUAUCUCCUUCAUGAACUACUGGCAAUCAGGAAAGAGCAAGAGGUAGAUUCUAAAGACGCUAUUAUUCUUCACCAGUUUUCCAGACCAAACAAUGGAGUUCCCAGUUUAUCCCCAUUUUGCCUGAAAAUGGAAACUUACUUAAGAAUGGCUGACUUACCAUAUCAGAAUUACUUUGAUGGGAAGCUGUCACCUCAGGGGAAAAUGCCUUGGAUAGAAUACAAUCACAAGAGAGUGUCUGGCACUGAAUUCAUUAUUGACUUUUUGGAAGAGAAACUUGGUGUUAACUUGAACAAACAUCUUAAUCCACAUCAAAGAGCUGUAUCCAGAGCCGUCACCAAAAUGGUGGAAGAACACUUCUACUGGACAUUAGCAUAUUGUCAGUGGGUAGACAAUCUUGAUGAGACACAGAAAAUGCUUAACAUUACUGGACCUCUUAGUGACUUACUGAAGUGGAUUCUAUGCCACAUUACCAAAGGAAUAGUGAAACGGGAAAUGUAUGGACAAGGCAUAGGGCGCUUCUCUGAAGAAGAAAUAUACAGGUUAAUGGAGAAAGACAUGCGAUCUCUUGCUGGACUUCUAGGAGAUAAAAAGUACCUCAUGGGACCAAAGUUCUCAACUUUAGAUGCAACAGUCUUCGGGCAUUUAGCACAGGCAAUGUGGACCUUACCAGGAACAAGACCUGAAAGAUUAAUUAAAGGAGAACUCAUCAACCUCGCAAUGUACUGUGAAAGAAUCAGAAGGAAAUUUUGGCCAGAAUGGCACGAUGACAAUGACAACGCAACGUACGAAUCAGAUGACAGCGGGGAGGACAGCAGAAUGAAUACUCCAUUCCAGGACUUCAGCUAUUAUUCAAGGACUGGUACCUUCGAGGACGACGGGAUGGAGAACAGUAUUUCCCAAACUCCUGACACAGAUUUCACAGGACAUUCACUCUUUGACUCCGAUGUAGACAUGGAUGAGUUUACAGAUCAUGAGCAAUGCAAGUGACGCACACCAAGCCUCAGUGCUAAAUUCUGCACAUACUUCAUACAGUCUAGUUUAGUUAGAAUAAAUAAUACAGGUUUUGCACAUAUUGUUGGCCUAAACAAGCCUUAUGUCUUUGAGACAGGUUUAACUGCUAGGAAUAAAAGCCUGUUUAGCAGAGGGUGGUACAAUGGUAGCCUCUGAGUAGAGCAGGGGGGACUCUUGGUUUCAGGGGUUUAGUUUUGACAAAGGUAAAAUGUGAAGAUUUUAAAACUAGUAAGAACUCUGCAUUAUUGAGAAUAAAUUCAGUACAUUUCCUCUUGUGCACAACUGAUGAAUGAAACACAUUACUCACAAGGUAUUAUCAACAACCUAUUCCUAUUCAGACAUUAAUUAAACUCACUUAAAUGGCAAGUUCAGUAAUGAUCUUUUUCAUAUGAUUUAGACAGACCCAUUUAAAGACUAUUCUAGUUGGUUUUUCGAAUGAUUUUGUUUUUUGUUCUGCAGCUUCCACCUUUGGAAAUGGUAAUCUUUUAAGUAAGGGUCGCACAGCUUAAUAGUCUGCCAAUAUUCAGAAUGGCAGAAUAGAAAUGAAAUUAUUUCAAUCACUGAAAAUGAAUCAAUGCAAAUAGCUGCUAAAAUUUACUGUCUUUAUCAUACUAAAAGUAUGAUCAGGACUUCGAUCAGCAGACAGCGCAGAAUUUAGUGGAUGGGCGUCCUGAGGCCACGUGGUCCUAGCUCCCAGUUGUGCGGUCCCAGCGCCUGCCCACAUACUCCCCUCCCCACGAGCGCGCAUGCGUGCCAGCACCGGAGCACUGGGGAGCUGUGCUCCCCAGAAAGCGGCUGGGAAGCAUGCCGCCUCUAAUAUUUUGCCACCCUAGGCCUGUCAGCAGGUCAGCAUCAGAGAUGCGGAUUCUCAGCUUCUGUUUCUCUGCAGGCCGCAGAGAUCCCUAAAAAAAAUCCCUAAACAGUACCCUACAUAGUCCCCCUCCCUGCUCUCCCUCUGCAAGAUGACUCCCAUGAACUCUGCUGCGCUUACUCUGCACCUAUUGGUGGGUAAAUGAUUAGGGGCACUUAUAGGUGUUAUCACCAAUGUGGGUGGGGGAGCAGGGAGGGGGGACUAUGUAGGGUUUUGGGUAGGGGUUUUAAUUAGUGGGUGGGUUUGAGUUCUCCUUUAACCCUCAGUAAUGCCUGCUAUCAGUAUUUGGAGAACUAAAGAUUGUCUCUCUUUCAGACAGUAGGGGUCAAUUACAAAGGAUCUGGAUGCAAGUGCUAGAACCAUAAAGGGUGGAUUUACCACAGUGUGAAAGUUGAGAUGACCACAGAAGAACUCACCCACUUUUAUGGGAUUUUUGGAAGCAUCUUUAUGUGAACUUUCACCCAUUGAUAAAUACGCUUCUAAAAAUCCCAUAGGAAUGAGUUUCCCAUUGCAAACAUCAUGCCCCUUAGUGCUCAUUUAGUAAGCAUUUUGUCCAGGGACUUGCUGUGCUAUGAUCUGCUGCAUAGGGCAGUGCUAGUGGUAUGCUCUUGUGCCCCAGCCCAACCCUCAUGACGCAGUGCUGCUAAACACCAGCAGUAUUGUAUUCAUGGGCAGAUCUUUGAACACCCACCCACCUGGGCAAAGUGUAGGACAGGGUGCCAUUGUGCAAAAAAUGUCAGAUUGUGCCACUUUUGUGCACUUUGCAAAUUAAACCUAUAAUGUUUUUAAAUUUACCCACAAUGCACUGUGUUUGUUAAAGUGAUACUGUCAUGGGAAAAAUUUUUUUUUUCAAAAUGAA